AUGACGAUGACUGUCGCCAACGGCGGCGAGGAAAAGCAGGAACACGAGGUCAAGAAAGAACCCGAGGAGAAAGACCAAGCGAUGAUGCAGGUGGACCCUCCUCCUCCUGCGGCACCGGCUCCCGCAGUAGAAGUUGCAAAUGCAACGCCUCCACUCGCUCCUCCUGUACCCCAACAACAACAACAACAACAACAACAACUCCCUCAAAGAAAGAUGAUUCCAAACCCACAGGACGUGAAUAAAGCGGCGUCUAUUGCCUCGGAAAGAGCUCUGAUAGACGCCAAGAAAGCCAUCUCUGUGCGUUUAAAGUUUAAAAGCAAAGAAGGAGGAAAAGGAGAUAAAAAGAAAGACGAUUUCUUUCGGACGGCCAAGGACGUGCUCGAAACGUUGAUGCCGUUUCACGCGUUCGCCGACCAGAGAGGUUUGUUUCAGUUUGACCCUUCUUUUCCUUCUUCUUUGAUGGUCGACGACGACGAAGACAAUAAAAACAAGAACGCGAGGAGGAAGAAGUUGCGACUGUUGCGCGAGGCUGUCGGGAUGUUAAUAGCCGAGAAGGAAGGAUUCAGCACAAAAGAAGAGGAAGAAAAAGAAAAAGAGGAAGACAAAAAGGAAGAAGGAGAGGAGAGGAAAGCGAGUGAGAACAACGAAAACGAACAGAAAGUAAAGAGAAGACGACUGAAUGAAGCUUACGCUUUGCUCACGGAAGAGAACGUUUUACGUAGCGGGUUUGCGUUUCGUAUGAAUAGAGUUGAUGACGGUUUGCUUAAAGAGCUUCGAACACUACACAAAGGACUCGAAGUGUGCGAACAAAGUUGCGCGCGGUUGCAAAGACACUCAGACGAAGAUUCAACGUCGGCGAACGUUUUAUCCAAAGCCGAAGAGUUCUUAAUAGAACGUCUCGUAUCCGAGGAAACUCGAAUUGUUCUCGAUGCUAAAUCGAGCGAGCUCCGUAAAAUAGCUCAAGAAGAGCGGCAAAAGAUGGCCGAUGUGCGCAAAGCCGAAACGGCAUUUGCGCUCGCAUCAAAAGCUGCCGCUGCUGCGCAGCAACAACAACAAAUACAAUUGCGCUUUCAACAACAACAACAACAAAUACAACAACAGCAAACGAAUUAG